GAGAUGGCGAGCGGUACCCCAGAAAUUCAGUACUACGACCACGAGCUCAACAUCCGCCAAGUGAUCGAGCAGUCAGAUCUGCAGGGUCUGGACCAGGCCCUCAACAUCUGCGAUCUGUCCAGUGUGGAGAGGAAGCAUCGUCUGUGGCAGGAGUUCCUGCCCAGGAUAAAGCCCUACUACGCCGUCAAGUGCAAUGACGAUCCGGUGGUGGUCAAGCUCUUGGCUGAGCUGGGUGCCGGAUUCGACUGCGCCUCCAAAAACGAGCUCAAACUAGUCUUAGGAUUUGGCGUGUCGCCUGAACGUAUUAUCUUUGCUCAUCCUUGUCGUCCUGCCAGCCAUUUAAAGUUCGCCAAGGAACAGGAGGUUGUCAGUGGCACGGUGGAUAAUGAAUUCGAGGUUUACAAGCUGAGCAAGUACUUUCCCAACUCCAAUCUCAUCGUAAGAUUCAAGAGCGAGGCCAAGAAGGCGUUGUGUCCAUUGGGCGAAAAAUAUGGCUGUGAUGCGGAGGCAGACGCUCCGGCUCUAAUGCUUCUUUCCAAGGCCCUGGGUCUCAAGGUGACUGGCACCAGUUUCCAUGUGGGUUCCGGAUGCAGCGACGUGGAGGCCUACGAUCGAGCCGUCGAGAAGGCCGAAAAAAUUUUUCGGUUUGGCGAGCUUAUAGGUCAUAAGAUGGAUUUAUUAGAUGUUGGGGGAGGCUUUCCGGGCGUAGAUGAUGAAUUGUUCGAGGAGAUAGCUGUCGCUGUUAACACCUCGGUGCAGCUCCGUUUCCCCGAUGAGCGUGUUCAAGUAAUUGCAGAGCCAGGACGUUUCUUUGUGGAGGCUGCCUACACAUUGGUCUGCAAGAUUCACGCUAAGCGAGAGGUCCGCAAUGAAAACGGAAAGCUGGAGAAAAUGAUGUACUACCUAAAUGAUGGCAUCUAUGGAGGCUUCGCAGGAAUAUUUUACUGCCCUGAGAAGCUAACUCCUGUUCUUUACCUGGAUGAAGUCGAGUCUCGGCCAAAGUUCAAGUCGUUAAUUUGGGGACCUAGCUGUGAUGCCCUGGAUAAGAUAUCGGACAAUUGGCUCUUGCCCAACUUAAACUGUGGCGAUCUUUUGGUUUUUCACAAUAUGGGAGCCUACACAAUACCCAUUGCUAGUCCCUUCAACGGAUUCGAUGUGCCAGAGACCAGGUACUUCCUAGCAAAGAGACUUUAGAUAUCU